AUGGUGGCACCAAACAAUACUGCGCAGCCACCACAAGCGACUGAAACCGAAAGCGUUGUUCAUACACCUGUAGUAGCAGUAGCCCAAGUUACACCGAUAGUCGCUACACAACAGCAGCACUCGAAUUCGAAUGCUACCACGAAUCCGAUCGUUCCGAUGGUGUCUGAGGCGACGGUUCUGGCGGCGGUACCCUCUCAGGGUGUUGUACCGUCUUCUAGUGGGCCAGUAGCACCUACCAUGGUUCCUACUGCCUCUCUUCAACAACAGAAACCACAACAGCAACAACUUUAUGGUGGUUUUGGUGCACAGUUGACAAAUACCUCAACUGUAGCUACGUCCUCACAGCAGCAG